AUGGUUUUCCUCAGCAGAUUGUCGAACUCGGCAACCAGAAGGCAUUUCUCUAGCACUCAAAAUGUGUGCAAGAAGUUGAACAAAUACUCGCACAUCAUCACCGAGCCUAAGGGCCAAGGUGCAUCCCAGGCCAUGCUUUACGCUACUGGCUUCAAGCAGGCUGAUUUCGGGAAGGCCCAAGUGGGUGUGGGUUCGUGCUGGUGGAGCGGAAACCCUUGCAACAUGCAUUUGAUGGACUUCAACAACCGUAUCACGGAAUCUGUGAACAAAGCUGGUUUGAAAGGUAUGCAAUUUAACACAAUUGGUGUUUCUGACGGUAUCUCGAUGGGUACCGACGGUAUGCGUUACUCAUUGCAAAGCAGAGAAGUUAUUGCUGACUCGUUCGAGACCAUUAUGAUGGCCCAGCACUACGACGCCAAUAUCGCGAUUCCCUCGUGCGACAAGAACAUGCCAGGUGUCAUGAUGGCUUUCGGCAGACACAACAGACCCUCGAUCAUGGUGUAUGGUGGUACCAUUAUGCCUGGAAAUCCAACCUGCGGCUCGCAGAAAAUCCCAAAGAAAAUCGAUGUCGUGUCCGCUUUCCAGUCGUACGGUCAGUACUUGUCGAAGGACCUCACUGAAGAGGAGCGUGUCGACGUUGUGCAGCACUCCUGCCCAGGUCCCGGCUCUUGUGGUGGUAUGUACACUGCCAACACCAUGGCCUCCGUCGCCGAAGUGCUUGGUUUGACUUUGCCAAACUCUUCUUCCCACCCUGCCGUUUCCGAAGCGAAGCGUGCUGAGUUGGACAACAUCGGUGAAGCCAUCAAGAAGACCAUGGACUUGGGAAUCUUGCCUCGUGAUGUCAUGACCAGAGAGUCCUUUUUGAACGCCAUCACAUAUGUGGUCGCUACUGGUGGUUCCACCAACGCUGUGCUCCACAUGGUGGCCGUUGCUGACGCCGCCGGUGUGAAGAUCACACCCGAUGACUUCCAACGCAUCAGUGACAAGACUCCAUUGUUGGGUGACUUCAAGCCUUCCGGAAAAUACAUGAUGUCGGACCUAUACCCACUUGGAGGUACCCAGGCCGUCAUCAAAUUGCUAUUUGAACAAGGUUUGUUGAACGGUAAUACCAUCACCGUCACCGGUGAAACCCUUGGAGAGCGUGCUGAAAAAGCUGCCCCUCUACCUGAGGGUCAGGACAUUAUCAGACCAUUGUCCCAGCCCAUCAAGCCUCAAGGCCAUCUACAAAUUCUGUAUGGUUCUUUGGCUCCAGGUGGUUCUGUCGCCAAGAUCACCGGUAAGGAAGGUACUUACUUUAAGGGCAAAGCCCGUGUUUUCGAUGACGAAGCAGGCUUCAUUCGCGCAUUAGAGAACGGGGAAAUCAAGAAGGGUGAAAAGACCGUUGUGCUUAUCCGCUACCAGGGUCCUAAAGGUGGUCCAGGUAUGCCUGAGAUGUUGAAGCCUUCUUCGGCCUUGAUGGGUUAUGGUUUGGGCCAAGAUGUCGCUUUGUUGACCGAUGGUAGAUUCUCCGGAGGUUCCCACGGUUUUUUGAUCGGCCACGUUGUUCCAGAGGCCGCUGAGGGUGGUCCAAUUGCUUUGGUCAAGGACGGUGAUGUCGUCACCAUCGAUGCCAAUGACAACAAGAUCGACGUCGACGUUUCCGAGCAGGAAAUGGCUCAGCGUAGGGCUCAAUGGGUUGCUCCUCCUCCUCGUUACACCAAGGGUACGCUGGCAAAGUACCACAAGUUGGUCUCCAACGCCUCUCUUGGCUGUGUCACUGACGCAUAA